AGUUAUCUGCUGACCCCCCUCGACCGCGGGCGCUUACUCGCAGUUGAAUAAGCACCUCGCCCAAUAAUAUCGUUAUCAUGCUGGUAGGGCAGGGCGGCAUCACACGCUCUUCACCAAUCAUGCGUUAUUGUUGUGUCCAGCCCGCCGUCCACAGCAACGCCUUGCCUCUUCAAGUAAGGAACCUGCUUAUGGGCAAAUUCUCCAAGGCAGCAGAGUUGACUACUCGAGUUCGUGCUUUCCUCGCCGACGUGUUCGGGCUAACAAAACUGUCAAUAGAGUUCUCGGUUCUCCAUCCCAGCCAGUCGAGUACGAGAGCAGCAUGGCGCCGACGCGUCGCGACACGGUCACGACCAGCCCCUACCAUUCUCGCCCGUAUCGUACCGCGUCCGCUCCACUACCAGCUCGUGCCUGGUCGGGAGAUCUUCGUCACGGAGCGUAUGGACCUGGAUCUCGUCUACGGAGGUCCAUUUCAAAAGUCGUGUCCCGCGCUAACGACGCCACACCCUCAUGCCCCUGUCAGCUACCUAGCGGUACAUAGCCUUUAGGGCGCUUGUUCCUUAGCUCUGCUGUAGCUCCCUGUAUCUCCAAAGGUCUCCAGAGGCUAAGAGCGCCCGCUGCGAUCUGCUAGCAGUACUUGAUGCGCUA